UAGAGAGGUCACGUGACUAAUUCAUUUCCGGUCGAAUGAUGGCCGACUUCUUGAAGUUUUGGAAGUUCUGUCAAAGUUAUGAACUUUGUAUAUAGCAAUUUUAAACGUUGUAUAGAUCAGUAUUAAUGUAAUUGACAUGGAAAUACUCGAUAAUUAUGGUGCUUGUGCUGAGAUUUUCAAGGCGUUUUCAUAAUGUCCGCAUUGGAACGCCAGGAAUUAGCAUCAGGCAGGAAAAUACCAAGUCUCGAAGCAGUGGAACAAAAGGGACCAGAGAAGUGCAUGCCAACGGGGUCUGGAGAAAGCCCUGCCCCUCAAAGUUCAGCCUCACAGAAAAUGACCAAGAGCAUGUCAUUGUCAAAUCUGAACAAUAACCAGAAGGCCAAUGCUGGCCCUGUGGACCAAGACGAUAUAUUGGCCCUCACUCAGCAGGUCAAAUUGUUCUCAGAUGGCCUCUCCCACCUUAAAACAAUCUUCACAGACUUUGCAGGAUCGGGAGAGGACCUCAGAGUUAUGUCCCAUUCUCGUCUGGGAGAAGUCCUGGCCAUCUUAAAGAACAUCCUCAAUAAAUAUCCUGCUCUGCAGUCCACAGAGUUAUUUUCAUCCUCUGCAGCUCUGAUCAGCAAAAUUAAAACACAUGACUAUAGUCAGUCUCCUGCCUCCCCAGCUGAACAUAAUUUUUGUGAAGCAAUUGACCAACUGGCUCUGGCUUUUAGCAGCAGUGUGUCUGAGUAUUUGAUGGGAGAUCUGGGGAACAUAGCUUUAGUGAAGCAGGAGAAAGUGGACAAAACCAAGUCUUACGGAGAUCUUCUGAAGUUGGAUAAGACUUCCGGGUUAUGUGCUGCAGAACAGGCUACUCAAGAUAUGAUGAAUCCUGAGGAAAUUGAUACGGUGCUGCUGCGGUUACAAGCUGGAGUGGACCUGGCAAUGCAAAGGGCCAAGGCAUGGUCCAAGUAUAUGAAAGAAAUAACAACUUAUAUAGAGAAAAAAACUCAGUUAGAAACUGAUUACUCCAAGAAUCUUCUUCGAUUGGCAAACAAUAUGCUUCCCGUCCUAUCAGAAGAGGACUACUUACCUCUGCAGUCUGUGUUCUGUACAAUGAUCUCACAAGAUAUUGAAUAUGCCAAUACUUGUCAAGCCACUCAAGCCCUUGUUCAGUCAGCGAAAUUUGUGGAGCCUCUAACCACAAGGAGAAUUGAGCAUGACAAGAUGAGGAGGACAAUUAAAGACAUGUGGAUGAAAGAAGUUAAGAAAAUGCAUGAGGCAGUGAACAGCCUGAGGAAGUCCCACUCUAUGUACAUAAUGAGGAAGCAGGAAUACGAGAAGGCCCGGGAACAGUCCAGUAAGGUGGAGUCAGACUUACUAGACAAGAGUAACAGCAGUAGUAUACUCAGUAAGAUGGACAAAAAGAAGAAAGUCGAGGAGGACGCAAUGCACAAGGCAGCAGAGGCAGAGACGACGUACAAAGCGUGUGUGGCGGAGGCCAAUUCCAAGCAGCAAGAACUGGGCAAAACUAAGAGUGAACUUCUGUCAAAGAUCAGAGAGCAGAUUUUGCUAUGUGACCAAGUUAUAAAAACUGUGACGGUGGAUUACUUCCAUCUCCUCCACACCGUGACUGCCCCCGUUCCUGUUCAGUACCAGACUCUCUAUGAGGCCAGUGACAGCUACCAACCAGGCUCACAGUACGGGGCCUUUGUACGCAGUGUUUCCAUGUCCCCCACUAAUGUUCCCAUGAAAGAAGACGCUUUUGUGUUCGAGCCCUAUAUAUCUUCAAGAGAAUCUCAGUUGAGGAAGACCAGUGGUCAGUCUACAUCGUCCUCCAAUGAUCUUCAGUUACAGGAUGGAUCUCCUUUAAUGGGUAGAAAUGAUCGGUACCGCGUGAAGGCCUGGGGGACAACUCUAGUAAGUGAAUCAGACAGUGGGAGCAGUCGGUCCGUGGAGUCCUCCCCCAGUAGUAGUCCCCACCAGAGUGGACGCAAACCCUUUGUCAAAUCUGGCUCACUUGACGACCUGGAGGAAACAGAUGGUGAAGCUAUUUUGCUUGGGUUACCAUCUACCGAACUAGACCUACAAGCUUUAUUAAAGAGACAGAACAAACGUCGUAACACCACAUUUGGUGUAGACUUUCAGGAACAAGUGGAGAAAAGUCAUUCAGCAAUUCCUUGUAUUGUGACAAAAUGUUUAACAGAGAUAGAAAAAAGGGGCAUUUUAAUAAAGGGCAUAUACAGAAUGUCGGGAGUGAAAAGUAAAGUAGAGGCAUUGUGUUCAAGGUUUGAAAAGGAUCCAGAUUCUGUGAACUUGGAUGAUGAGCAUCCUAAUGUUAUAUCUAAUGUACUCAAACUCUACCUUAGACAGCUGCCUGAACCACUUCUAAGUUUUAAGUUGUAUUCCAGUUUUAUACAAGUUGCAAAGGAUAACAUGGGUAAUGUGUUGAGUGAAGAUGACACAGUCAGCAAACUAGGGGACCUGGCAUCACAACUUCCUUAUUCCAAUUUCAAAACAUGUGCAAUGUUAAUGCAUCAUCUAGCAAGGAUAGCAUCUUACAGCAGUACAAAUCAGAUGACAUCCAGUAAUUUGGGUAUUGUGUUUGGACCUACUCUUCUGAGGCCAUUGGAAGGGACGGGAAGCCUUGCUUCAUUAGUUGACACGCCUCAUCAAACUCGUACAGUGGAACUGCUGAUAGCAAAUGUCAAGGAAAUCUUUGGGCCGGAGACAGAAUAUGAGUUGAUACCAGGAGAAACACCUGUAGAAUCCUUGUCAGUAAACGGACAAAACAGGCAUGAGAAAGAUACGGGUCAUUCAGUGGAAUCUGGUGGAACCAAAGAGAGAACUAACAGAACCAGAUCUAGCAUUGAAGAGGGGAGCCUGCACUUGUUGAAUGUUUCAGAGGAUAACAAAUCUAAGACCCCUGAUACAGAUUACGUUUUACCUGGUAGCACUGACAAGAAAAGUUCUUCGCCCCCAGCCGUGUCCGAGGGAGUGGAGCGGCUAGCCAGGCAGUAUCGUCUCCAGAGUUUACCAAUAAAGGAGGAGAUUCAGAAAGUGACCCGGCCUAUUAUCAUGAAGCCUUGCCCCCCACAAGAUCUAGCCCUGAGUCCAGAGUCUGCCAAGAAGAUGUUGGUGCCCUCCAUAACAAUUGUAGAGAGCAGUCCUAUCACCGACUCCAAGCCACAGAUGUGUUAUCCCCUUAAGCCUUCAGACAAGUCCAAAUUCCGAACAAGUGCCCUCCAAAACCUCAAAUCCAUAGGGCCUUCUUUACAGUCCUUUGUUAUUGCAACAGCAAAAGGGCUCAAAGCUAACUUUCCUUCCAGUACCAAAACAGAAAAGUCUGAUUCUGUGAAAGAAAAGAAAUCAAAGACCUCUCCCCCAUUACAACGCCAGUCUUCUUCUGACAGCUUGUCCUUGUCUUCCAUAAAAAAUGUUCUUCAGAAAUCUCCCAAACUUCCUAGGCAGUCAUCCUUGUCAGAAAUUAAAGAAAAGCCUCAUGUUUCAAAAGGUUUUAAAUCUCUAUCAGAUGAGAGUAGUGAAACAUUUUAUGAAUCUGCCAAAAAAAUUAACACUGCAUUAUUAAUUAAUGAGCCCAGAGACAAUGUGGAUGAAGGAGGAAGGGAUGAUCCUAUGGUGGAACCAGAAACAGGAAUGGGUGAUCCUAUCAUUGAAGGAGUGAAGGGUGAUCCUGAGGAUGAAGCAGUAAAGGAUACCCAGAGACAUUCAGACCUAGAAGUUGUGGAUCCAACUUCUGCUGCCACAUCCUUACCAGAGACCAUGAGAAGGAUGCCAGCUUCUUACCCAACUGUGAGUAAUACUGAAUUCCCAGUGCAAAAAAUGACACCACCUAUAACGAGACAAACCAAGGUGUCCUUUACACUUCCAGAGGACUCGGACGAUUCCUCAAUCUCCUCAGGAGUUUCUUCCUUAACCAGUCCUUUGUCCUCACCACAAACACAGAGGCCAUCAUUAAAUAGACAGAAACCAAUAGAAACUGAAAUCACUGUUGAUGAAAGCAGAAUUGAAUCCCAUGAAGAAGAUACUAAAAAAGUCCAUUCAGUGACAAAAGAUGAGUCUUUGGAGAAAGCUGAAAAAGAUUCAGCUAAUUCCUCAAAGAGUGAUGAAAUGUCUCAAAGUGGUUCCACUAUCAAAGAUGUGAUGCCUCUUUUGACCAUUGAAGGUCAGCCAGCUUUGGUACCUGUAGAAAAACUACCAUCAUUUGACCAAGAAAAUCAACCACAGUCCAUUGAAAGUGGCCAAGCUAUUCAGCAAAAUUUCAAUUCAGAACAUACAGACAUUGCAAUUGUAGAGAAUACUGCUGAAUCCUUGAGUCAAAGUGCAACACCCAGUUCAACAGAAAAGGGAAGCUUUAAUUUAAUGCCAAAUAUGGCUACCAUACAAGAGAGUCAAGUAGAGGAGGAAGGUAAAAACCAAUUGAAACCUCCAGAUACCACACCUAAAGGACUCUCAUCAUCAGCCAGUGAGGGGGACAUUGUUCAUAAUUUACUUUGCAAAGGUGAAAGUGACAGAAAUGUUCUUGAUAAAUCGGUGAAUGAUGAUACAGUGAAGAAAGCUUCCUCUACUGAUUGCCUUAGGAGUGAUUUAACAGGAGAGAAACCCUCUUCUAAAGCACCAACAGAACCAUUUAAAUCCUCCAUCAGCUCCUCAGCUCUACUUCUGUCCAGUUUAUCCCCAGUUCUUCCUCGCAGUCACAACUACUACUCGUAUUCUCUGUCAUCUCUGAAUGCCAACUCCAUCUUGGCAGGCAAUGUACCCAUGAGAUCCAGCAGAUCAACAGCAGUACCAAGUAUUCAGGCUUCAUACACUCCCUUCAGAUCCCUGUCUCAGAGUGUCCCAAAUCUGAGAGGGUCUCAGAAAAGGCAAUCCUCAGCACCACCAGGAUUCAGACAGAGCUUGCCAGAAACCACUUUUCUGGAGGAAGAACCAGGGAACUUGGAUGUUGAUGUUAUGAGUGCCAGUGUUGAAGGGUUACCUAGAAUUCUUGACACGGGCAACGAACCAGAACUUGACAAAAAGUCUCAGCAAAUUGGUGCCAAGUACAAAGAGGGUCCAAGUAAAAUAUCAACCAAUCCUGCUGUUACCAGAACAAAAUCAGGUCCAAAAACACAAAUGCAAUCUUCCAAACCAGUGCGAGAUAACCAGAGGCCCCCAAAGGGUCCAAGUGGGAUAGUGAUGGGAAAGGCAGCCAUUAUACCAAGCAGAACAGGAUCUAGAUCUGCUAUAAGUCCCCGUAGAACUGGUCAAUCACAAGAAGUUAAGAAACUAUCAGAUGUCUCAAAAGUGGAAGAUGCGGGUCAUAAGAAGUCUUCCUCACCUCGCAGACCUUCAGCUACUCUGGCUACAUCUGAAUCACAUAACUAUUCUUGUGCCACAUGUGGAAGACGUAGGUCUUCAGCAUCAAAAAUAGAAACUCAGACUUUGUUAGAGAAAGAGAAAGGUAGUUCAGAAAAAGACAAGCCCAAAACUGAGAGGAAGGCAUCUAGUGCUAGCAGGGGGACAAAAACUGCUACAGAGGAAAAGAAGUCUUCGGACAGCAAAAGCAGAUCAAAGUUACAGAAGGACAGGACACCAAGAUUUGUAUAGUCUUAAACAGUGAUGAUUUUGGCAGAUUCAUUAACAAAAUUUUUUUGGGAAAAAUAUAAGAAUGACAAGGAUGGUGCCUCCUUUUGUACUAAAAGUGGAAUAUUUCAAACACAUAAAUUUCUGGAACAUAGAAAAUGAAAAAAAAAGUUCUAGAUGGACUAGAAAAAAUUCUUAUGGUUGCCAUAUUUUAACAAAAAUCUCCUUAGCUUUUACCACAAAUCUGUGAUAUUUCAUUCUUGGUUACAACGCUACACAAUAGUCACAACAGUUGUCCCGAGAUAUUUAUGUAUUGUGCAAUAUGAUUGGCUGCAUUCAUAGCCAACAGGUCAUGCUGUUUUAUUGUGGUUGUUUUUAAUCACAUUUCAAAUUGUUUGUGUUUGUAAAUUUUUAAGACUAUUUAUUGUAUCUGCUUUGUGGUUUUAUAUUUUAUAAUGUUUCUAGGUUUAUACAUUUGAAUGUUUGUUUUUUUUUUUUUUUUUUUUGGUAGAGUGCAUCGUGUUCAUUAGAUAUCUUUUAAAUCAUUAUAUAUAUAUAUGUAUACGGUUUUGAGCUUUGUUGUGUGUUGUCUUUAUGUUCGUCAUCAGCUGUAAUAUCUAGUCACUCUCUCAGGAAUCCUCAGAUAGUCCAUCAUUCAACAUCAGAGAUGCAAUAUUGUUGUUGACGCAAGUCACAGAGAUUUCACAUAUCACUUCUUUUUUUUCUCACACUUUUGUUACUGAAUUAGAACAUCUUUGUAUAAGAAUCUCAAUUUUAUGAUAAUUUCUUUGAAUGAUUUCUCUGAUCGUCUUACGGCUGUACAUUCCUGAAGGAAGAAUUUCGGGACUCCUGAUUUAGCUUAUUCUGAUCAGGUGUCAAAACCCAAGAUGCUUGCUGUUGCCUAAAAACAAAAAAUUGGAAUGACCUAUCUUAAUAAUAUCAAAAAAUUUAAGUACUUUUAGUGCAAAUAAUAAUCAAAUAUUCUCUUUAAAUUCAUAUAUUCUAAAAAUAUCAAACACAAUGCAUAACGACCUUCUGAAUUCCUGCUUAAAAAAGUCUCAUUUCCAGUAAGUGGUAAACACACAUUCUUAAACUACCUCAUAUCCUUGUAAUAUAUGGGAAAAUUGACACAUUUCACAUUACCUGGUAACUAAAAUUGAGGUUAAGGUCAAGGUCACAACAGGUAAUGCUUAAAAACUGAAAUAAAAGGAGGCACGAGACAUUUUCGAGAGGCAGUAGUUUUCAAGGAAUGUACACCAUUAAGAUACCAUCAAAGAAUCUAUUUACCAGUCUAAGAAUAUAAUUUAAUAAUUGUACAUGUUCACUUAUUAGGGUGAUCAUGCAUUUUCUUUGUUUUACAACUGUUUCAAGAACAAAGUUAUUCAGAGGAAUCUAUUUUGUACUAAAUAAUAUCUUGACCAAGAUUGGCAUUUGUUCAGUAACUUGUAAAAGAAUUUUUAAACAAUAUAUCUCUAUUUAUUGUUUUUUUUUUCCAACAGAAAAAUUUGAUGAAAAGUUAACUAUUUAAAAGCGUAGGUGUUGACAAAUAGAAUAAUCCUGUGUUAUAGUGUCUUUUGUAUAUUAUACUGUUACUGUAAUUGACAAACAUUUAAUUUUAGUUAUCAUUUUAUUCAAAAGAGUGAGAGAGAGCAUUCAAAUAAAGAUAUUUGUAUCCAAACAAAGUUUAUAAUAAUUUAAUAAUAUAUUUAUCUAAUAUUUCAAUUUUUAAUACUCAGUUUUUAACGAAAUGUAAUUUUCUUUAUGGCCAUAUUUUGUUACCAUUAAUUUGGCAGGGUGCCUAUAAAAUAGUAUAAGGGUUAUGAUGCAAAAAAAAAAAAUGAAGACAACAAAGUUGGGUUGUAUCCAUUUUAAUUUCAACCAUCACAUAUUGUGUAGAAUUAGAUACCUCUUUAGUUGUACUUGGAAAUUUCUUCUAUUGUAAUUUGGACAUACGUUAGUUAUUUACCAUCAGUGUAUCUCUGUUUGGUAGUGCUUGUCGGUUAGAUAUUAAGGCAGUUCAUGGAAUUGUCUUGCAAUAAAGACUUGAUAUUAAAUACAGAAAAUU